CCUUUAUUUGAGAUGGACCAGGAUGAGGAAGAGGAUGCUCUCUCAACAAAGAGCCGAGGCGGCUGUGGGUUUCCAACACAUGCUCUUGCGCCCCCUGCAGGCACAGACCCCGACCCGUUCAUAUACAUGAACUUCAUGAAGAGUCACUGCUGCUACGAUGCCAUGCCCACCAGCUCCAAACUGGUCAUUUUUGACACGACUCUACAGGUGAAGAAGGCUUUCUUUGCUCUGGUGGCUAACGGGGUGAGGGCCGCUCCGCUGUGGGACGCCAAGCUGAAGUGCUUUGUGGGUAUGCUGACCAUCACUGACUUCAUCAACAUUCUCCAUCGUUAUUACAAGUCUCCUCUGGUUCAGAUCUAUGAGCUGGAAGAGCACAAGAUCGAGACGUGGAGAGAGAUCUAUCUCCAGUACUCCAUCAACAGACUGAUCAGCAUCACUCCUGACUGCAGUCUGUUUGACGCCAUCUACUCCUUGUUGAAGAAUAAGAUCCACCGACUGCCGGUCAUCGACCCGGCGUCGGGGAACGUGCUCCACAUCCUCACUCACAAGCGCAUCCUCAAGUUCCUGCACAUCUUUGGAUCAACGAUUCCUAAACCCCGGUUCCUUCAGAAGCGCAUCAAUGAAGUGGGGAUCGGCACCUUCAAACAGAUCGCCACGGUCCAGGAAUCGGCGUCCGUCUUUGACGCGCUGACCGUCUUCGUAGAGCGAAGAGUGUCCGCUCUGCCCGUCGUCAACGAGAAAGGGAAAGUCGUGGCGCUGUACUCCAGGUUUGAUGUCAUCAAUUUAGCCGCCCAGAAAAACUACAACAACCUGAACAUGACGAUGAAGGAGGCCGUUUCCUCCAGGGCCUGCUGUAUGGAGGGGGUCCUCAAAUGUUACCCGUACGAAACGCUGGAGACCAUCAUCGACCGCAUCGCCAAGGCGGAGGUGCAUCGCUUGGUUCUGGUGGACGGCGACGACGUGGUGAGAGGCAUCGUCUCUCUGUCUGACCUCCUCCAGGCCUUGGUGCUCACUCCUGCAGAUAUUUACGAGGGGUCGCGCGGUCAAGACUGAAGGAAGCCGGCGGCCGGACGUCGAAUACGGAACGAGAAAGUGAAAAUCAACCUCCUCUUUGAGCGGGCACUAAAUGUGCCCUUGAGCAAGGCACUUCAUACCCAAGUGAUGCGGCCCAGUGGCAGCCAGGAGAAGACUGUGGUUGUGCUGGGAAGCUACCAGUGUGGAACCGUACCACAGGUUAUGGCUUCAGACUGAUGGACCACAUCCAGAGACUUUAUACACCGACCUUGACGACUGCUGCGUUGUAUUUUUUUCUUGAAAAUUGCAGACUGUCUCCCCCCGAAAGAUUUCUGGA